AUCUGGCUAACGUGCGAAUCUGGCUCUCGGCCAUUGCUCGACCUCUGCUGGUCUGCUGACUGGUUGGCGUGUAGGUUCAAUCCGCGUUACGUACUCACUGCUUCUUAUCGAGAUGCCUGUAUCGAGCGGGAAUUAAAGCUGGCUGUAGCAAAGCCAGCACAAGGAGCAGAGGCAGCCAGCGAGUGCGCCAGGCGGCGUUUCAGCUCGUUCGCGCCAUAACCCUAACGCACUCUCAACGCCCCAUCCCCACUCCCACUCCCACUCUUAGAUGACUGUAUUGAGAGUGGCUUAGAGCCGUGGUACUGUAGCAGAGCCUAGCAGAACCCAGCACCAGCCAUCGAGAACGCCAUGGGUCACGCGGCGUUUCAGCUCGUUCGCGCCAUAACCCUACCCGACAGCUCUCGCCCCGCUCCCGCUCCCGCGCCCUCUCUUAGUCGCAUCCUCGGUCCCGCUGCGAGCGCGAGUCCCCCCCGCAUUCAGUGCUGCGCGCAAUGGCGCUCCUCCAUCCUCAUUGGCUGCAGCGACGGCGCGCUGCUAGACUACCGCCCCGCAGGAACAGCAGACCAAUCAGCGGCCGACCAAUCAGCGCCUUCCGCGCCGCGUUUGGCGCCCGGAAGCAGCGGCUACUCGCUGCACGCCAGGAAGGACGGCUUCGCGCCGUCCGCUAUCCUCCGUCUCGAAGUCGCGCCGUCGACAGCUGCUGCUGCAGCUGCUGCUGCGCCUGAUGCUUCCGCCGCAUCCGCCGCUUCCGCCGCUAGCGCGGGUUCCGGCGCAACAGGCGCCGCGUCAGCCGCUGCCGGAGUGCUGAUCGUGCUGGCGGACUGCGUGAGGCUGGCGUCGCUGCCGGCGCUGCAGCCGCUGACGUGUCUCGCGCGGACAGCUGGCGCCACGUCAUUGGCCUGGGACGCGGAGAACGGCGUGCUGUGCGUGGCGGUGAAGAGGCGAGUCUUGGUGCUGAGAUUUGAUGGCCGGUCGACCUUCAAGGAGGAGCGUGAGUUCACCUGCCCUGAAGCCCCCCGUCUGCUCGCCCUCCCAGCGCCCAGCACCCUGUGUGCCGCCACCCCCACCAAGUACCUCCUGCACCAGAUACCACCUCCCGGAAGCACCAGCAGCGGUGGCUCGUGGCGCGACAUGCUGCCGUGCGGCCAGGUGGCCCUGCCUAGCGUGGUGAAGCUCCCCAACGGGGAGAUGCUGGUUGGGAAGGACAGCAUAGGUCUGUUUCUCGACUCCUCUGGCCGCCCCCUGCGUUCCUACGGCAUCAACUGGUCGCGUCCGCCCUCCCACGUGGCUGUCAUGCCGCCCUAUGCCCUCGCCAAGCUCCCAAACUACAUCGAGGUGCGCUCGUUGCUCCCGGGCCAUGCUUUGGUGCAAACCAUCCCUCUGCGGGAAAACGCAGCGCUUUGGACCCCUCCUACUCUCUCCACCACCAGUAUCGGCGCGAGUGGUAGCAGCAGGGCCCCGGCAUCAAUCCGAGGUGUCUUGGCUGUGGCAGAGGAGAGCAUCUACAUUGUGGCUCCCGUCUCGCUGACCUCCCAGAUCGACCAGCUGGUGAGUGAGGGGCUGUUUGAGGAGGCGCUCUCUCUCUGUGAGGGGCUGGAGGAUGGGGAGGUGGAGGAGGAAGGUGGGGCGGGAGAGGGCGAAAAGGAGGGGGAUGGCCAGCCAAGGCGGCGAAUGGACUUUGUUCGACUGCGCCUAGCCCACCAUCUCUUCUCAACGGGGGAGUUCGAUCGCGCAAUGCAGCAGCUCUCCCUCUGCUCCUCGCCUCCCCUCCUCCCGGCCCUCUCCUUCUUCCCCUUCCUCCCCUCCCUCCCCUCCUCAAUCCUCUCCCUCGCUGCCUCCUCCUCCCCCUACCCCUCCUCCUUCCCCUCUUCCGCUCCCUCCUCUCCCUCCUACCCUCUCUCCCCCUCCUCCACCCCAUCACCAGCCCAUUCACAAUGCGUCUCAGCAACUUCGCAAUCCAAUCCACAAUCGAAUCCAUUAACCGGGCGGCAGCGCAAGCUGGCCUUGCUGUCUCUAGUGGGCUUCCUGGCAGAAAAGAGGGCAGCGGCUGUAGCGGCUGCAGCAGCUGUAGCUUCUGUAGCAGAUGCAGCGACUGUAGCAAGUGGAUCCGCUGGCGCAGGUGUCAACGCACCUGUGGCACCAACAGGAGGAGAAGAGACAGUGGGAGUUGACGACAGCAAAGAGUUGGCUGUGCACAUAGAAUCUGCAGAAGAGGCAACAGCGACUGUCAUUGACACUCAUCUCUCUCUCGCCCUCCAAUUGCUCACCUCCCAUCCGCCACCGCCGCCCUCACCCCUCUCCCCAGCACCACUACAUUCCGCUCCUACAACAGCAGCAGCUGACGCAGCAGCAGCAGCAGCAGCAGCAGCAGCAGCUGCCGAAGCAGAAGCAGAGGCGAAUGCAAUCCCCCCAGAAUCGCCCCCUGACUCUCCAGAGACGGCGUUUGACUUCAACCACUCUCUCUUCUCCUCCUCUGGUCCCCUCACCUUCGGCCGUCCCAGCAGCCCCCCCAGGGGAAGCAGCAGCUAUAACACCCACAAAUCCCGUGCUGUCAACGCCAGUAGCAGCACCACCAGUGGCACUAUUAAUAGCAUGAAUAAUGGGGUUACCGGCAGCGGCAGCAGCAGCAUAAGUCAGGGAGUGACUGGUGGGGGUGCAUUCGAGGGGCCUCUGGAUGCAGCCUCUGUUUCGCGGGCUGCUGCUGCUGUUACUGGUGCUGCUGCCACUGCACCUGCCACUGCUGCUGCUGCUGCUGCCAGGUCUGCACGAAGUGAUUUUGCCCUUCCAGCAAUCGAGCGGUUCAUUGCUGUUCUCUCUCAGGCCGAUCCCGCUGCUGCCGCUUCUCCUCUCUCACUCUUGAUUCCGAAUCAGGGAGGGCGAACGGGGACUGCUCUUGAGUCGACUCAAAAGCAGAAGGAAGGAGGAGGGGUGGGAAUGAGACAGCAUGCGGCAACGGUGGCGUCCGUGUCAGCAAUGGCAGCAUCCAUGUCAGCGACAGGCGCGGCUGACUCAGUGGACCCGAUGGAGCUGCUCCGAUUGGCCCUGCAUGCGCUUUGGGCGGCGGACAACUUCUGCCACGUCAGCACUGUAGAAGCGGCACUGCACAAGGAGGACAGGUGGCGCGAUGUGAUUCGCUUCCUCUUCUUCAAGGGCUUGCACCGAGAGGGGCUCGUAUUCUUGAGAGAAAUGCUUAGAGGAACUGGAGCGGGGAGGGGGUGGGAGGGGGAGGAGGAGACAGAGGUGGUUGGCAGGUUGGGUGAGGGUGGAAAGAGACAGGAGACGGAGGAAGUAGGAAAGGGUGGAAGUAUUGAAGAAGAGAAGGUUGCUGUGGGUGGUAGUGGUGAUGGCACGAGGGGGAGGAGGGGGGAUGCUGACGUGGCAGAGAGGUGCUUCAAGGAGUAUGUAGAGCUGCUAGGUCAGCAACCACGUCAGCAACCACUCGUGCUGGAGGCGCUGACGUGGCGCUUCCAGGACGACCCGACAGCCGCUCUUGCUCUCCUCACCUCCCUACGCCACCCGCCUCCCAAUGACCUGGUGUUGUCCCUCAUUCGCCAGGUGGCCCCACACCUCAGCGCAUCCUUCCUCGAGCACCUACUGGAACAAACCGCUCAGGCCAUAGGAGGGGGGGCGAAGGGGGAGGGCGUGGGGGGAGCAGACGGGGAGGAGGAGGAACACGGGGAGGGCUGGAGAGGCAGCAGCAGCAGCGGCGGUGGGAGGAGCAGCAGGGGGAGUGGGGCAGGUGGAAGGGGGAGUAGUGGUACUGGUGCUGCUGGUGGGGAGGUGCAGGAUAUGGGGGCCGCAGCAUCGCAGCUGCAGAUAGACCUGGUUCGGCUCAGCCUUGAUCGGGUCAAAGCGGAGCUCCGCCAAUCAGCCGCAGGCACGUCAGCAGCAGGGAGGAGCUCUGCCGUGAUUGGUCCAGAGCGGGCCAAGCUGGCAGCCGUGUUGCAGCGAAUCAGGCUGCGCCUUAUUCCGGAGGUGCUUCAAAUGCUCCCUUCCAACUCCCUGUUCGAGGAAAAGGCCUCGCUGCUGCUCCGCCUAUUGCUUCAUGCUUCUGCCCAUGCGCCUAGCCCUGCACCGAGUCAUGAAUCCAGCCAUCCCACUGCCCAUGCACCUAGCCAUACGAGCGCAGCGGCUGCGCCAGGAGCAAGCACUGGAGCGGGUGCAGCAGCAGCAGCAGCAGCAGCAGGAGGCGCAGCAGCAGCAUCAUCUUCAGGAGCGGGUGCAGCGCCCUUGUCAGCAGCGGAGGCGGCAGCAGCAGCGGUGGAGGCAGUGGGCGGUCGAGACGCUCUCCUGUGGAUGGUGCUGGCACUCUAUUCGAGGAAGCUAAACCAGCCCCUUCAUUGCAUCACCAUUUGCGACCAGCUCCUCUCCCUCUCCUCUCCUCCCUCGACCUCAACCCCUCCCUCCCUCACUCUCCAUCCUCCCUCCUCCCUGCCUCUCAUCUCCCCUCGCAUGUCCCUUCCUCCUCCCCAUACCACCGCCACCUCUCCUUCCUCCUCUUCUCACCCCCCCAUUCCCUCACUCAUCCCUCUCCUCCCUCCCUUCUCCUCGUCCUCCAUAACCGCGUUUCAAACAUCUCCCCUCCGCACUGCUGCACAAGAAUCAGCAACAGCACCCGAAGGGGGGCUAGCAGGAGCAGGAAGAGGAGGAGCAGGAGCAGGAGCAGCAGCAGGAGCAGGGGCAGGAGCAGGAGCAGUAGGAGGGGGAGGUGGAGGGAUUUUAGGGGCUGCAGGGGAGGUUAUCCCUAGUGGAGGUGAGAGCAAUUACAACAGCGGCAGCAGCAGCAGCAGCGGUGGCAGCAGUGGCAGCAACAUUGCCACGCCACAUCAAGUGUUGCUCCAGGUGCUGCUUCUUGCUGACGUGGCGCUGACUCAGUUUGCCGCCCACUUCGAGAGGAUAUACCCCAGCAGUCAAGGGGAGGGCGAGGGAAUGAUGCAGGGAGAGGAAGGUGCUGGGAAGGUGGAUGAAAGGAUGGAGCAAGCAGCAUCAGUCGCAGCAUCAGCAGCAGCAGCAGCAUCAACAGCAGCAAGGGCACCAGGUGGUGGAUCCAGGGAGGGGUUGGUUGGAGUAGUAGCAGCUGAAACGGCUGGAGGGUCGCUGGCAGAGAGGAGAGGGAAAAGAGUGGCUGUGAUUGCAGAUAUGGACGGGGAGGGGGAACGGGAGGGAGGCAGCAGCCUUGUUGCUUCUCUUAUGGUUUCCCCAGGCACACGAGGCACAGGGAGGACAGGGAUGGGGGGUGGAGGAGCAGACUUGGCAUUUGGAGGGAGGAGGGAGGCGGUGGGAGGGAUGGCAGGGGAGGGAGAGGUGGAAGGGGAGAGGAGGGAGAGUGGGGAGGGGGGUGGGAGGAGAGGGGGAGCCAGCAGGUGGGGGUUGAGGGAGGGAGUGAUGGUGGGAGCAGCGUUGGAGGUGAUGGAGAGGAGAUGGUGGCUUAUGGAUACCAUGGAGGCUCUGCAAAUGCUGCCACGAGACGUGCCGUUACAGAGUGUGCUGCCGUAUCUGGAGGCAGUGAUGCGAGCAGGCAGCGAGCAGAGGAGGAAUGUGGCCGUGGUGAAGAAUCUGAGGAGGAGCGAGAAUCUGCAGCUUCGGGAGGAGGUGGCGAAUGGCCGAAAGAGAGAGGUGAGCAUCACGGGGGACCGCGUAUGCGCCAUCUGUCGCAAGCGCAUUGGAGGGAGCGUGUUUGCGGUAUAUCCGGGCGGCACACUGGUGCAUUUUGUCUGCUUCCAGCACCACCAGACGCAGUUUCCUGCAGCAGGGCCGUGAUCGCCAUGAUGGGAAAUGAAAUUCUUGAAUUCGUGCUUAGGAACCAUAUGUUUUCUAAAGUUACAGCUCAAAGCAGAGGAACAUGUAAGAAUCGUGCUAUCGUGAGGGAGAGGAACGCAGAUCCGUUAUUCCUCUCCGCUCCUCGUUUCAACCCAGAGCUAGUUGUGAAGAACGAGGAAUCCGGUUCAGGUGCAGUGCGGUAUCUUGUUGAUUCGAGGCGUUACGGUGGUUGAAGUUCGGUGAGUCAAAGUCACUUCAAUUUCGAGCUUUCUUUUUACGAACUGCCUACUGUACUACUUUCGAGCGCCCCCACCCAAUACUCGAAGCACGGCUCGCCCUAAUAUAAGUUGCCGUUCUCAUCAGCUUAGGUCUAAAGCGCGAUCUCCUCUUCACACCAGAGUAUAUCUACCCAGCCAGUUCUCAUAAGGCCGCACGGUCUUUUAAUCAGUCUGAGCGUCUAGCCGUCUGCUGUCUUCUAGAAGAGCUAUUCGCCAGCUUAUCGCGAGCUGUCGACGGCGCUGCUUUUUCCGUAGGAGCGUUGCCUCGCAGUUCGCUAUUCGCGACAUCCUUUCGCCUUCUCGUGCUGUUUCCCGUCGCGACUCCAGACCAGACUUGCCAAGAUGGCGACCAAAGUGCAGCGGAUUAUGACACAGCCCAUUAACCUAAUAUUCCGAUUCCUACAAAGUAAAUCGCGAAUCCAGAUCUGGCUGUACCAGCAGAAGGACACUCGGAUCGAGGGCAGAAUCAUUGGGUUCGACGAGUACAUGAACCUGGUGCUUGAGGACGCAGAGGAGAUUUCCCUCAAGAAGAAAACCAGGAAGCCACUCGGGCGCAUCUUGCUUAGAGGAGACAACAUCACACUUAUGAUGAACACGGGAAAAUAACCACCGUGUUUGGCGUUGCUGCUUUCCUUGCUUGCCGUAGCUGUCAAGUAGUUAUCCGGUUUUAUGUGUUGCAGCACUGUAAAGGGAUGUUUCACCUUGCAACGCAGCAUGCAGAAUGUGCAAAAUGUGCCUUGGCUGCCUACUGGCGUAACAUUAAACUGAUUGUGACUAGGAGAGCCUUGCAAAUGAGAGUAAAUGAGUGAUAUAUAUAAUUGUAGGCUUGGUAGGUGUUACUAGAUCCUACUGUAAAGGGUACAACCCCCCUUGUAUCUCUCUCUCGACAUUUUCCCCUAGCCUAAAACCUCACGCCAUUUC